UGAAUAUUGAAGGUUGCGCAACGAUACGGACGUUGCGUUACCACCUGUUCGAUUUCAAUAUCCUUCAAUAGAAAAAAAAAGAAGCAAUAUUAUCAUGUUACGAUUAGCACUAAUCCAAAUGCUUGUCGGUGCAGAUAAAGCUGCCAACUUGAAACGUGCCACUGAUUUAAUCAGUCGAGCUGUAACUGAACACUCACCUCAACUUGUAUGUCUUCCAGAAUUUUUUAAUUCACCAAUCGGUGCAAAAUAUUUGGAGUCGUAUGCAGAAGAUGUACCAAAUGGUCCCACGUGUAAAUUAUUAUCAGAUAUAGCUAAACAACAUAAAAUAUGGCUUGUUGGUGGAUCUAUACCAGAGCGUGGUUGUGAUGGUAAAUUCUACAACUGUAGUGCAACAUACAACUCCAAUGGUGAAUUAGUCGGUCUCUAUCGUAAACUUCACUUAUUCGAUAUUGAUAUACCAGGUCAAUUCACAUUUAAAGAAUCUGCAUCCCUUAGUUCUGGAAAAGAUUUAUUCUAUUUUGAAAUGCCUCUUGACAGUGCAGAGAAUAAGACGUCGGUGAUAAGAGUUGGAUUGGCUAUUUGUUAUGAUAUACGUUUUCCUGAAUUAUCACUUGUCUAUGCUAAUCAGUUGGGCUGUCAAUUAAUAUUGUUUCCAGCUGCAUUCACUCCUAAAACUGGACCUAUGCAUUGGGAAUUGUUAGGUCGUGCUCGAGCGCUAGAUACACAGUCUUAUAUUGGCUUGUGUAGUCCAGCGUGUAAUUUAGAAUUGGAUUAUAUUAGUCAUGCUGAAUCGUUGAUCACUUCACCAUGGGGUAUGGUUAUAGCUAAAGCUGGCAAAGAGGAGGCGAUUGUCACAGCUAACUUAGAUUUCAGUGAAUUGAAACGUGUUCGUGAAAGUAUACCCAUCGGGAGACAAAGACGCUUAGAUAUAUACAGUGCACCGAAAAUAGUUAAAAAGCAAUGAAUAUGUGUGACUAGUGAUCAAAUCAAUCAAUGAAUGAAUGAACGAAUCAAUCAAUCAAUAAGUUAUUCAUCUCAGUGGAUAACCGUUUCAAAUGUCUAUUUGCCGCCAGUUGUGUUGAUUGAUUGAUUGAUUAUUAUCAUUAUUAUUGUUGUUUACAACACAAAUAACUUUUGAAUAUUUUUCUUUCAUGAGUAAAAGAAACACACACACACACACACCGUCUCGAUUUUAUAUUUGUAGAUGCUAUUUAUUAUAUUACUUUUGAUUUUUGUUUUAUUUUUCGCUUUCUGACAUCUCGAUAAUAAAAAAUACUGAAU